AUGGAAUUCUUUGUUAACGCGUUACACUUUCUUGAAGAUACGGAAACUUCUAGUGCUCCUCAAACUCGACGGUAUACGGACCGGCGUCAGGAAAUUGGUCUUGCCACUCUUUUGAACGAUUGGUUCGUUCAACAACCAAAAUACGAAGACGAUUACUUUCGAAAGAAGUUUCGAAUGGACAAGACCAUGUUUUUAGAUAUUAUGCGCGACAUUGAAGCAAACUUCCCGUAUUUCCAAGAACGUUACGAUGCAAGAGGAAGAAAAAGUUUUACGGCGAUACAGAAUUGCACAUCCGCCGUUAGGCAACUCGCGACGGGUAACGCACCAGACGAGUAUGACGAGUACUUGUGCAUGGCAGCCAGAACCGCACGAGAGACCCUUGAUUAUUUUUGUGACGCCAUCAUUCGGUUGUAUAGCCGAGAGUACCUACGCAGGCCGACGUCACACGACGUUGCACGCAUCUUCGAGGCCCACGAGCUUCGACAUCAUAUGCCUGGGAUGCUUGGUAGCAUCGAUUGCACACAUGUCGAGUGGUCGGCAUGUCCUAGACGUUUGAGAGGACAAUACACGAGGGGUGACCACAACGGUCCAACUAUUAUGCUUGAAAUCACCGCGUCACAAGAUUUGUGGAUUUGGCAUGCUUUUUUCGGUGUCCCGGGGUCGAACAACGACAUCAACGUGUUGAACCAAUCCGAUUUGUAUGUCACAGCGCGUAACGGAACGGCUCCGGAUUCUUCAUUCCACGUGAAUGGCCGAGAUUAA